AUGGCCAAGAAGUUCAGAAGUCUUGUAGUCUCCCGGCCAAUUUCAGUUUCCAUUGUUGUGGGGAUUGGAGUACUGUUCAUUCCAAGCUUAGCAAUUGGGUAUUGGUAUCAGAAAACUAACCACGUAGAGGACAUGGUGGAAGCCAACUCCAACAAUUUCCAUUCUGGGUUGAUGUCUCAGAUUGAGCAAACAGCUAAGCUGCUUCAGCAGUUCAACUCACCUGCCAUGCAUUUGGCUAGCAUGAUGCGUUCUACUCUCAAUGCUACUCAUUUCUCACCACCUGAAGUCCAGGCCAGGGUGGCUCCUUUGCUGUUCCAGGCAUUCUCAGCACUCCCUUACAUCUCACAGAUUGCAUAUGUUGGAUUAGACGGCCCUUUUUUCUCGUACUACUACGAGGGUAACCAAAGUUCUGCAAUGUACUAUAUGGGCAACGCGGUUUAUAAGCAGCAAGUUGAUUCAAACACAGGAAAGCUGUAUGGAAAUGCUAAGAAAUCCAGCUUCCCAAUUGCAGCCGUCAGGAGGUGGGCUCGUGAAGCUUUGAGCAGUAGCAACCAGCAGCAUGCUUUGUUGGGCAAAGGAUGGAACAGUAGUGCUGAAGAUGAAGACCUCCUGUUCAUCACCAUGGUUGGUGUGCAUCGUAAAGCAAUAGUCUUGCUGGGAAUUUCAGCAGAAGCUCUCAUGCAUUUCUUUGCCAACAUUGACCUUCAUGGAGGGAAGUUGCAAUUGGCCACUAGAGAUGGCAAUCAAGUGCUUGUAGACGGGAUUCCAGAAUCUCGGAUUGCAGCCAGCAAUAGCAAUUCAAUAUCCAUCGCUGUUGCUGGCAAUAAUGUUACCUGCAUUCUGGGGGCUGGAAAACUGACUGUACCAUCAGUUCUCAACAUUGGACAACAAGAGUACAAAGUAUAUUGUUCCUCAAUUGAAGUUGUUGGAGUUGAAUCAGUCUAUGCAUUGGCUUUUCCAAAUGAUGAGCCACAGGGAAGCGCUGCAGUUCGUAGGGGGAGAAGCUUUGCUUUCGGCCUUUUGAUGAUAAUGAUAGCUGCAGUUUUCAUAUCAAUCUUUGGCUUUCUUCUGCUCAUAGCAAGGGCUGAGAUAAGAGAGACACAACUGUGUAGAGGAUUGAUAAAGCAAAUGGAAGCCACUCAACAAGCUGAGAGAAAGUCUUUGAAGAAGAGUCUUGCCUUUGCCACUGCAAGUCACGAGAUUCGUAACUUGUUGACACCCAUUGUUGGUUUCAUACAGGACUGUAAUGAGGAUUUGCCUCCAGAUUUAGCUACAGAAACAAACCUGAAAGCCAUUCAUGCUUCCACAAAGGACCUAGUAGGCUUCUUGAAUGCCAUUCUGGACACAAGCAAGCUUGAAGAAGGCAAGAUGCAGCUGGAAGAAGAAGAAUUUGAGGUAGCAGAAGUUCUUGAGGAUGUGGUCAAUUUAUUUCAUCCUAUGGCCAUGGAAAAAGGCGUAGAUCUGGUGCUAGAUCUUUCAGAUGUCUCGAUUCUCAAGUUUGGUCAUGUAAAAGGUGACAGGGGAAAGCUGAAACAGGUGCUAUGGAACUUGGUGAGCAAUGCUGUGAAGUACACUGACGAAGGGCAAAUCGUGGUAGAAGCCAGGGCCCAACAACCAAGUUUGGAGAGCCGGAUCAUAGCUUCUCAUCCAGACGGUUGCUCCAAAUGGGUGUCGAAAUUGCUCAAGUGGAACCUUGGAGAAGAAGGUACUAACAUGGAAGAUGAUGUGAGCACAGUGAAGCAGAUGAUUCCUAAUGGGAUGGAGUUUGUUUUUGAGGUUGAUGAUUCUGGUAAAGGAAUUCCUAAAGACAAGCAGAAAUCGAUAUUUGAAAAUUAUGUUCAAGUGAAAGAAACUUCUAAGGGGCAAGUUGGCACUGGCUUAGGACUUGGCAUCGUUCAAUCUUUGGUGCGACUAAUGGGUGGUGAAAUCGGAAUUGUCGAUAAGAAAGACGAGAAGGGAACUUGCUUCAGGUUCAAUACCAUCCUUACUGUGACUGAGACUACUAAUUAUCACAAUAAUAACACAAGAGACAUAGAGACAUCAGUUGAUGAGAGCACAGAAGAUGGUAACCCGAGAAACCAGUACUACUAUGACACAGGGCUUACCAUAAGAACUUCAACUGCUGCUCCAGGCUUGGUCAAUUGUAACCCAAGUCCACGCUUGACGACCAUGUUCGUUCCUAGUCCCCGAAGCGAUGAGUCCCAUGUAGUUCUCAUGAUUAAGAACGAAGCACGACGAGCAGCUGCACAGAAGUUGAUGGACAAGUUGGGAAUAAAGGUAUCAGUUGUGGAGCAAUGGGAAAACCUCCAACCUUUGCUUAGAAAAAUAAAGUCCAAGCAGAGCUAUUCUCCUCACAGCUCUUCAGGAAAAUCAGAGUUGGGCUCAAGGAGUGUGAACUCCAGCAGUGGCAGAUCAAAGGAAUUUCCUUUGAGUGCCAUGAAAGACUUGGACGAGAGACUGACUUCUUCCCACAAGGGAAAAACCGUCAGCAGAAUCGGGUCAGGAGGAUUUGUUAUGCUUGUGAUUGAUGUUAGUGCUGGACCGUUCCAUGAACUUCAGCAGGUUGUAACAGAGUUUCGAAGAGGGAUUCACAGUUCUAGCUUCAAGGUUGUUUGGAUUGAUACACCCAAUUCAAGAAGAGUUGACAAGGACUUGACAGAUCCGAGCGAUGAGAUUCUGCUGAAACCAUUUCAUGGUUCUUGUCUAAAUGAAGUGAUCAAAUAUCUGCCCAAGUUUGAAGGGACAACCAUGCUUUCCAAGAAUCCAGCAAAAGCAAGGCAACAACACCAACCAAGGGAUUCGUUUGAAGACUGGAGGAGUUCAGCUGCUGCUGCAAGGCAUCAGAUGAUCAUCACGCCUCGGGUUGGUGCUGGACGCUCAGAGAUUGAGGAAGAACAUGAUGAUGAUGUGGGGAAACCCCUAACCAGAGACAAGAAGCUGCGUUUGGAUGGACUUACAUUCUUGGUUGUGGAUGAUCAGGCGACUAUUCGGCUUAUAUCUGUGUCCAGUCUUUCAAAGCGAGGAGCCAAGUGUGAGCAGUGUGAAAAUGGGUUGCAAGCAGUAGAGUGUUUUAGAGCUGGCAUGGAACAACAAGCUAGGAGUGGAGCUACUACUCUAGUCCCUCCUUAUGACUGUAUCAUUAUGGACUGCGAGAUGGACAAGAUGAAUGGAUGUGAAGCGACGAGGAUAAUAAGGGAGGAGGAGAGACAGUAUGGGAUUCACACCCCUAUUAUAGGACUAACAGGGCAUACAUCAAAGCAAGAACUGGACAGAUUAGUUGAAGCUGGAAUGGAUUCCCACCUCACUAAACCCUUUAACUGUGAUGACAUUUUGGUAGCAAUGAGAAGGAUUCGAGGCAGUCCAUGGUAG